UCAUUGAGUCGAAUUCUAAUAAUCAAUUGUUUUGUAUCAGUCUGUCAUGGGUAUUCUCAGCAAAAUCGGGGGCGCCGCAAUUAAUAUCGGAGUCAUUGCCUAUGACAAUGGUCUCUUCGUUCUCAACCUCGUCACGCCGAAACUCAAGGUAGGCCAGGUUGUACCCCGUGGGGCACCGGGUCAUCAUCUCAGCUGGCCCGAGUAUGUUCCUCCAACUGCAGGCGACUCGAGAAGCGCGUGUCCUAUGUUGAAUGCAAUGGCGAAUCAUGGAAUACUUCCACAUGAUGGAAGGAACAUCACCUUUCAGGAGCUGAACAAGAAAGUGAGGGAGACUUUCAACUUUGCGUCCUCAUUUUGCUUCUUCGUGCCCAAGUUUUCGGCCGACUUUCUCAAUAAAUCGUACUGGAAUGACCGCUUCGACUUGGAGGAGCUUAACCUGCACUCUGAUAAAGCGAUCGAACAUGAUGCCAGUCUCACGAGGCACGACGCUGCGCUGGCGCCAGAUCAGGGCAGGCCCGACCAGCAGCUCGUAGACGAUCUAUUGCGGGAGGCGACCGGGACAAUGCCGGACGGAUCGCCCCGGCUGACCAAAUCGGAUCUGUCAAAAGCAUUGUCCAAGAGAAGAGCGAACGCUAGAAGGACAAACAAAGACUACUCGGAAAGCUUCUUCCACAAUAUGUUUGGAAGUGCAAACUCUUCGACCAUGUUGACAAUAUUUGGUGGUUCCGUGGCUGAUCUGACGCCAAUGCUCAAGGAAGAGCGCUUUUCAGAGAACUGGGAACCGCGAAACCUGGAUCGUUAUGGUUUGACGAUGGCCAAGUUCAAUGGUACGGUGCUUCCUGUAGAGAGAGCUGUAGAUCCUACGAAAUUUUAGUAAUUGUGAGAGGUUUCUCAUGUACAGUAGAAUUACCACAGCGGAAGAUGAGCUUUUUCAUUCAACCGCCGUAGAAUCGGGGUGGGAUGCAAUCCACGGUAUUAUAGUGAAUACCAACGUGUAACUAUGGGCGCCUACUCUCGAGCUUACAUCAAUUUACAAGC